AUGGGGCUCAUUUCCGCGCGCAUUCGCUAUGCCUUCUACGGCCCAGAAGCAAUAUCGAGCGGACACCCUUUGUACUUGAUGAAAUCGCAUCCCCUCCAGCUCCUGUCUCUGACUCUAGCUCCAUUUGUCGUCUCCAAGUCCUACACCGCCCCCUCCAUCUCCUCGCAGCCUGCCCCUCCGUCCUCCUCGUCGGCGCUCCUCCACACCCCUCUAAAUCAAAAAUGGGGAAAACCAUCUCUACUCCCAUUUGGCCCGAUCGCCCCAGCUCCUUUCUCCCAGCCCAGCGCUCCCUCGGCCCAGCACCCUUGCGCGGCCCGCCUCCCGCAUCCGGCCCAGCCUGCUCUCCACCCCCCUCCCUGUUCGGCCCACGUGGACAAGGGCGCCAUCGGCCUAAGGCCCAGCCAGCACCCCUCCCUGGCCAACCCUAGGAGGCGCGCCCUGCCUUCCAAGACGCCGCCGCCGCGCCCUCCUGCUCCCUGCCGCGCCCGCGCCUGCCCCUCCACCUCGGCGUUCGUGCCGAUGCGCGCCACGCGUCCCAUCCUAGGCACGGACGCCUAG